CUUCAGCAGGAUUUCGGGGGUGAAGGACUGCUUCCUGUAAGCGUUCAAAAUGCCGGUCAUAAAUGUGGAGGAUCUGACAGAUAAGGACAAGGCUGUGAUGGAAGUAAACCAGCUUAAACUUGAAGUCAAACUCGAGAGGUGGUUGACAUCUAAAUGCUGUGAGGAAAUCAAGGACUAUAUUCAGGCUCUAGUGGAGGAGGACACCCUCGUCAAAGGCAUAUCAGAGGAGAAGAACCCCUUCAAGGAGAAAGGUGGCUGUGUCAUCUGCUAGACUGGACCUAAGGAGCUUUUCAUAUCUCAGAUUAGUACCCAAGGACGUUCACCCAGCCCUUGUAAAAUGGAUUUGCAGACUGAGAUGACUAGAAGGACACAAUAAAGAAAACAUUUAUGACUUCCCGAGUAAAACAAUUCUUCAUCUUGGGGCCAGAUUUGUAGCCUUCUAAUUCUUUUUAAAUUUUUUUGUUUUUUUUGUUUUGUUUUGGGAAAGCUGCACUAAUUAAAAGUUGUAUUUGGCAAGUGUUACAUAAUGCUUCUCUCUCAUGUGGUGUAUAUAGUCUGAGCACAUGGGCCCAUAUGUUGUUUCAUUCACAGAAGCAACUGUCAUUAAAUGUGCACAUUUAUAAUUCA